AUGGCUGAGGUGGAUUGGACACACAGACAUCCAAGAGAUGAGGACCUGAGGGUUGGGCUCAUCAGCUGGGCAGGAAACUACCUCGCCUUUGAAGCAUAUAAGAAUACAGUCACAGCUACUGCAAAGAAUUUGGGCAGGAGACAGACCUGGGAGCUUCUAGUGAGCAACGAACAGGAGACGCAGGCAGUGGUGCGACUAAAGAGCUUGCAGGGCCUCUACCUGCUGUGCGAGGCAGAUGGCUCUGUGUGCUAUGGCAAGCCGAAGACCAGCCACCACGGAUGCUUCCUUCUCCGUUUCCACCGAAAUGGCAAAUGGACCUUCCAGUGCAUAAUUUCCGGCCGCUAUCUGGAGUCUGACGGCGAGGAUGUAUUCUGCAACUCCAGGGUUCUCUCAGCGUACCACAUGUGGACGCCCAGGCCAGCCCUGCACGUCCACGUGAUGCUCUACAGCCCGGUCUACCACAGCUACGCCCGAGCUGACCACUCCGUGGGCAGGGUCUGGAUGGACGCAGGAGUCCCUUGCCUGGAGGAGUGUGGUUUUGUGUUACAUUUCCAAGACGGAUACUACCACCUGGAGACUUCUACACACCAUUUCCUGUCUCACGUAGACCGGCUGGUCUCCCAGCGCUCAUCAAAGACAGCUUUUCACAUGCAAGUGCGGCCUAGAGGGCUUGUGGCGCUGUGUGAUGGAGAAGGAGGCUCGCUGUAUCCGCAGGGUUCACAUCUCCUCCUGGGCCUGGGCUCCAGUCCCGUGAGUGGUGAGGAGUGGUUCAUUCUGCAACACUUUCCAACCUGGGUCAGCCUGAGGUCAAAGAAUCGGAGGUUUAUCUCAGUCAUCUACGACGCCGAGGUGUGCGCUGCCUCUGAGCGCCUGACCCCAAUGUCGUUGUUCCAGUAUGAAUGUGACCGUGAGAACGUUAACUUACAGCUUCGUUCAACCAACGGCUACUACCUCGCUCAGAGGCGCCACAGGGCAAUCAUCGCGGACGGGCACCCCGUGGAAUCUGAAACCUCCUUCCGUGCACACUGGAAUUGUGGGAAAAUCAUCCUGCAGGCCUCCAAUGGGUGUUUCCUGAGCAUUGCAUCCAACGGCCUGCUGAUGGCAAGUGCCACCACUCCAGGCUCAAAUGAGGAGCUGGGGAUUCGGUUUGCCAACCGCUCCUUUCUCCUCCUGCGCGGCCGGUAUGGGUACGUGGGCUCCUGCUCAGACCGUGACCUGAUGCAGUGCGACAGGGAUCAGCCUGACUGCAUUCAGCUGUUGCCCUGCCACCAGGGCAUCUAUCACUUCCAGGCACAGGGUGGUUCCUUCUGGUCGAUAACGUCCUUCGGCACCUUCCGCCCCUGGGGAAAGUUUGCCCUCAACUUCUGUAUAGAACUUCAAGGAAGCAACUUGCUCACGGUGCUGGCACCCAACGGUUUCUACAUCCGGGCAGACCGGAGUGGCACACUAUUGGCAGACAGCGAAACCAUUACAAAAGAAUGUAUCUGGGAAUUUUAG